AUGAAUUAUGAUCCAAUCCAUGAUACGUAUGUGUCCUCGCGACCAAACACAGGGAGUAGUGCCGAUUCAAAUGGGAGUAAGAAACUGAUUGAAUCGAAUGAAACUACUAAAUCCUCACAAGAACCAACGCAACCAACAUCUAAACAUAAUACACUUUCUAUAUCGAACCUAGUCAGUUCACCAGCUCCUAAAACAACAUCUAUAGCCAAUCUCAUCAAUAGUGACGAAAAUGAGAACGAGAAGGAGAACAAUGAUGAAAACGAAAAUGCCAAUGAAACACAUGAUCAUGACCAUGAGCAUGAUGAAGAAGAUGAUGAUGAUGACGAAUAUGAUACAGAUGGCAAUUCAGGGUCAAAGGGAUCAUCAUCAAAGAAAAAGAAGAGAAAGUAUACUAAUAGCACCAUACCUAAAUGUCGUCAUCUCAAGAAGAGUGAUGGCGAACCAUUCUGGCGUAAAGAUAUUCAAUAUGAUUUCUUAAAGGCAUUAUUUGAUGAUCCUACUGAAUGUUUCACUAACAGUUUCCCUCAUUCUGAUUUGGAUAAUGCCAACAAUAAUCCCAAAAUCCCAUUUGCUGAUCUUUAUAUUAGAACAUUGGCUGAAUCAAGUAAAUGUUCCAGAAUAUUGAAAGAAAGACUCGUUAGAGAUAAAAGAUGGAGUUCGUCUGUUGCUAAAGUAUGUUUAUUAGUGAAUGCUGGUAGAAUGAAUACCACUAUAAAUUUUGUUCCUGAAAUGAGAUCAACCUUAAGAACAUAUCAUUCUAUUCCAUCAUUACAGGCUGAUCCUUCAAGUAAUGGAAUUCAAUUACAAGACACUCCAAGAUUAAAAUCCAUAUUAAAAGCUGUCUGUGAAGAUGAUAACAAGCCUCGUGAGUUGGAUGAGAUAUUGAAAGAGCCAUUUGCAGACAAGCCAAAUACAAACGUUUUCCAAUUAGUGUUUUUAUUAAGUAAUAGACCUAAUGGUAUUCCAUAUCAUCAUGAAGAUUUAACCGCUAAUCUUUUCAUGGAAUUCUUUUUAAAUCCAAAGAUUCAUCCUGAAAAUAGAGCCAAACGAUUCCUUUGGUUACUUUAUACGUAUUUGGAGACCGACUUUACUAAAGAAGAGAUGGAAAAGAAUCCGUUUGGAGGUGCAACCAUUCCUCCAUUGGAAUAUAUUGCAGAAACAGAUUUAAAUAGAUUUGAUAUUGAUACUGAUUAUGAAAUUGAGUAUUCAGAAUCAAUGUAUACUGUCAGGACAAGAUACCUCAAGGAUGAUAGUAAUCCAAGAAGAAGACUUAAACGAGAUGAUAAUGAUGAAUAUGAUUCAGAAAACAUUUCUGAAAAUGAGGUUGAAACGAAGAAGAAACCAGAAGAACAGCCUAAGAAAAAGAGAGUCAAGAGAAUACCAACUACAUCAAUUCCAUCUUCAACCAGCAGCAAGACUAGUUCAAGUGAUAAGAAUGGUCAUAAGAAGGAAAUUAUUGAUGAAGUUGCUGAAAAUAAUAACACGGCUGAGUUCAUAAAUAACAAGAUAAAGUUUAGAGUUAACGCUAUUGAAUUUCCAAUUGAUAAUCUUUCUAAAUUGGUGAAGUCAUAUACUGGAAACAAUCUUCCAACUUCAAAACCUGUGGAAUCAAACGCUAUUUCAUUCCUUAAAGCAGUCUUAAAUGAAUCUAAACCAAUUAUCAGAGAAGUUAGAACUUCAUCGAAGGCCAGUACUGCUUCAUUUAAUAAGAAAACUACUAUCUUAGGAAGUUGGAUAUAUAGAUAUUUCAAUUAUAAAAAGUCAAUUGGGAAUAAAUUACUUGGUAUGGAAUGGGAAGAAAUCAGAUAUGAUCUUGCGAAUGGAUUAGAGAAUUUCAUAUAUCAACAAUUUGGAAGAUCUUUAUUAGUGAAUACAUCGAAUCACGAUCACAGUGACGAAAACGACAAGGAUUCUAAAGAUGCCAAUGAUGCUGAUGCCAAUGGAGAAAAAACAUCCCAUUCUAGAGAAUUCGAUGAUAUAUUGACGUAUUUACCUCAAUAUGAUUUCGCUCAUGUUCAAGAGAAGAAUACAUUCAUACUUCAAUUAAUGACAUUUUGUGAUGAUUGGUUUAUUAAACAAUUAAAGAAUAAGGAAUCAUUAUAUACCAGAGGUGAAAUAUCAUUUGAUUUAGAGAAUAACUCUCUUGAAAUUAAGGAUUAG